AUGCAUUCGGGAGAGUCCCCGCUAACAGCAGUUCAUUUGAUUUGGGUGAACUUGAUCAUGUGCCUUCUUGGUGGCCUCAUGAUGGUGAUGGAGUUACAAGGCACCUUACAACACAUUCAAAGACCUGAGGAGAGGACCGAGUCGCUUAUAACCAAGGUCAUCUGGAGAAACAUAGCGGUUCAAGUUUUGUAUCAGGUUUCCGUCUUGCUGAUCUUACAUUUCAUGCCGAGCGUGAAUGAAGGCGUCCGGAAUACCAUGAUUUUCAGUACUUUCACCUUAUGCCAGGUCCUUAAUCUGUUCAGUGCCAUGGACUUGGUGAAAAAGGAAGUGCUGGUUGUAGUCCUCCACAGCCAUUGGUUUCUGAUGGCGUUGGGGGCUGUUUUGACAAUGCAGGUCAUCGUUGUUGAGUUCGGAAAAGAACUAGCUAGCUGUGUGAAGUUGAAUGCACUGCAGUGGCUAAUCUGUUUCACUCUGGCUGCUCUUUCGUGGGGCUCUGAUCGGGCCAUCAAAUUCCUUUCAGCUCACCUCCAAAGAGCAACUUCGGCACUGAGGGUGAGCUCACGCGUUGGAUUCUCACAUCGCCACCGCAGAUUAUACAUUCUUAUUUGGUUGUUCCUCAUCUUCUCUGUAUCAUCAUACUGUUUCCACCCAGAAAAUUCUCGACUCUCGCUGUACGGCCCAGACCUGCCGAAGUACUUGGGACCAUUCUCCGAGCAAACUCCAUCAUGCUUGACCGGUGAAUUCCCCGGUGACUACGGAUGGGACACUGCUGGACUAUCUGCAGACCCCGAGACAUUUGCCAAGAACCGUGAGCUUGAGGUGAUCCACUCCAGAUGGGCCAUGCUUGGUGCACUGGGAUGCGUCUUCCCAGAAAUCUUGUCAAAGAAUGGCGUCAAGUUCGGCGAGGCAGUUUGGUUCAAGGCUGGAUCAAUUUUCUCCGAGGGCGGCCUUGACUACCUUGGCAACCCAAACCUUAUCCAUGCUCAGAGCAUCUUGGCUAUCUGGGCUGUCCAGGUUGUGCUCAUGGGAUUCAUUGAGGGAUACAGAGUUGGUGGAGGACCACUCGGUGAAGGACUUGACCCACUUUACCCAGGAGGUGUCUUUGAUCCACUCGGACUUGCUGAUGAUCCUGAAGCUUUUGCUGAACUGAAGGUAAAGGAACUUAAGAAUGGGCGUCUGGCUAUGACCUCGAUGUUUGGAUUCUUUGUUCAGGCUAUUGUAACCGGAAAGGGCCCAAUCGAGAACCUCUUUGACCACGUCGCUGAUCCAGUGGCCAACAACGCAUGGGCUUUCGCCACCAACUUUGUCCCUGGAAAGUGAAGAAACCUAAAUCCAUGGCUGUUCAUCUGUAACAUUACCCAAACUGAUUGCUUUUGUUGAGGUGUUCUUGUUGUGGACUCCACUAGUUCCGAUGUAAUUUUACUAGAAACUGCUUGAAUUGAAAUCGCUGUAUCCGGUAAAAACACCGAGCUCCUUUGUGUAAUUUGUCUAACUGUGCUGCACAUUCAAGAAUUCCUGUCAAUAGAUGCAUGCUUUGCAGUAA